AUGGUCAAGGAAACUAAGUUCUACGACAUCCUGGGGGUUCCCCCGACGGCCUCUGAGGCCCAACUCAAGACUGCCUACAAGAAGGGUGCCCUGAAGUACCACCCUGACAAGAACACAAACAACCCCGAAGCCGCUGAGAAGUUCAAGGAAUUGUCUGCCGCUUACGAGACCCUCUCCGAUCCCCAGAAGCGUAGCCUCUACGACCAGCUCGGUGAGGAGGGUCUUGAGCAUGGCGGUGCUGGCGGUGGCAUGGGCGCCGAGGACCUCUUUGCUCAGUUCUUCGGCGGCGGCGGUGGUUUCGGUGGCAUGUUCGGUGGUGGCAUGCGUGACCAGGGCCCCAAGAAGGCUCGUACCAUCCACCACGUUCACAAGGUCAACCUCGAGGAUAUCUACCGCGGUAAGGUCUCGAAGCUGGCUCUGCAGAAGUCAGUCAUUUGCCCGGGUUGUGAUGGUCGCGGUGGUAAGGAGGGUGCUGUCAAGUCGUGUACCGGCUGCAAUGGUUCCGGUAUGAAGACCAUGAUGCGCCAGAUGGGUCCCAUGAUCCAGCGCUUCCAGACGGUUUGCCCCGACUGCAAUGGUGAGGGCGAGAUCAUCCGUGAGAAGGACCGCUGCAAGCGCUGUAACGGCAAGAAGACCACCGUGGAGCGCAAGGUUCUCCACGUCCACGUUGACCGUGGUGUGAAGAACGGCCACAAGAUUGAAUUCCGCGGCGAGGGUGACCAGAUGCCUGGUGUUCUGCCCGGCGACGUUGUUUUCGAGAUUGAGCAGAAGCCCCACCCCCGCUUCCAGCGCAAGGACGACGACCUCUUCUACCAGGCCGAGAUCGACCUGCUCACUGCUCUUGGCGGUGGUACCAUCAACAUUGAGCACCUUGAUGACCGGUGGUUGACCGUGACCGUCGCUCCGGGCGAGGUCAUCACUCCUGGUGCUAUCAAGGUUAUCAAGGGUCAGGGUAUGCCUUCCUACCGCCACCACGACUUCGGCAACCUCUACAUCCAAUUCGAUGUCAAGUUCCCCGAGAAGGAUCAGCUCAAGAACCUCGAGUUGCUCGAGCAGGUCCUGCCUCCUCGUAUGGAGCAGUCCCAGCCCCCGCAGGACGCCAUGAUCGAGGACUUUGAGCUGGAGGACAUUGAUGGCAGCGAGUCGUCUCAGGCUCGCGCACACGGUGCCGCCAGCGCCAUGGACGAGGAUGACGAGGAUGUUCCUCCUGGCGCUGAGCGUGUGCAGUGCGCAUCGCAGUAA